CUGAACCAUCUCCCCAUGCUGUUGCUGGUUGUCUCCCCGCCUGGCUGGACGCGUCAGGCUCCGCGGAUGUGAACGCAGAUCUCUAGUUGAACCGCUCGUCGUCGGGCUACAACUAGGCCUAGCCUCAACACUCUUUGGAACAACAGCCUGACUGGAUUAGUUGCAAGGCACCAUGAUGCUAUGGAGUUGACCGUGACGCUCCUCCAUCAUCUCUCUACCUGCUGAGGCGCGCCCCCGACGCCAGUAGAGGAACGCGCGUUGAACGAGCAUCCGUGUGGGUUCUCAUCGUCUUUUGUCGCCAAGAUGGGAACCGUACUCUCUUUAUCCCCGACCUCCAAAAAAGGGGCCAUCAUGGACUCCGGCACCGCGGCGGCGCUCCACCACAAGGGCGACAAGAGCAUCAAGCGGCCGUCCGUUUUCGUCUCCACGUUAACGUGGAAGAAGCUGGUGCCCAAUUCGGCCAAGAAGAAAAGUGCCAAGAAGGUCAGCCCGAACCCACCCCCUCCUCCCAGCGAGCCGGAGGUCUCCCAGCUCAACCACGAGAAUCACAAGAAGUCCCAUGUGCCCAAAGCCCCCAUCCCCGUCCCUGUCCCCACGGUGCCCCCCACCUCCCAGGUCAUCCAGUCCCAGACCAACGGGGACGUGAAGAAGCAGCCGAGCAGCGUGUCCCUGCUGUCCCCCAGACGCGUGGUCAUCCAGGCGUCCACCGGGGAGCUGCUGCGCUGCCUGGGGACCUUCAUGUGCCGCCGGUGCUGCAGGCUGAAGGAGCUGACAAGCGGGGAGGUCAUCCUCUGGUUCAGGAACAUCGAUCGCACUCUGCUCAUGCAGGGCUGGCAGGACCAGGGCUUCAUCACGCCAGCCAACCUGGUGUUCGUGUACCUGCUGUGCCAGGACAGCGUCACGGAGGACGUCGAAAGCUCCUACGAGCUGCAGGGCGUCUUUUUGACUUGUCUGUACCUCGCCUAUUCCUACAUGGGCAACGAGAUCUCCUAUCCGCUCAAGCCCUUCAUGAUCGACGCGAACAAGGACGUUUUCUGGGAGAAGUCCCUCAGCAUCAUUAACAGGAUGAGUGACAAGAUGCUGCUGUUGAAUUCCGACCCGCACUUUUUCACCGAGGUGUUUCAGGAGCUAAAAGACCAGCGGCCGGAUGGAGAGGCCAACCUGGACCGCUGAUCUGCCGACUGCGGGGAUAGCCGGCAGAAAACGGCGAUACAGCUUUGACGUUUGUCAAUAGAAAGAUCACUAAAUCAUGAAUCUGUGGUGUACAUUUCAUGAUGAAGGGGGGGGGGGCACUCCUCGACGAUCUUGACAUGAAAAAUUGAAGAAAAAAGCAGCCCCACUAUUUUCUGAACAGUGUUUAUUUCACCAGUGAGAUGCGUGGUGUAUUGCAUGCAUUCUGACGUCCUCCUAUUUGUUUAGCCCAUGAAGGGAGGCAGAAGAAACGCAUCGGAUUGCUUUACUCAUCGAGGUCCAGGGGACACGGUGGGGAUGAAUGUGAUCAAAUGUCUGUUUGAAAAACAUCUCCAAUUGGAGCAACUGAUUAGCUGUGAGAGACUGGGGCUCUAUAGCAGGUUGAGGUGAGACCAUGUGGGAGUAUAGGCCAACAACAAGCAGACCGUAAAGCCUGUGUCAGGAGCUCUCCACAGUUCUGACCUGGCCAUUUAUAGACACUGGGGCCCUCCAUUUGCCCAUUUAAGCCCCUUUCCAUGUAAGGGGCAAAUUAAGGCUUUCCCCGAUCCCAAUUAUCUUAAGACUUAAGAACAUGGCUUAGAACGCUUAGGCCAGGCUGUAAAUAGAGGCAUCAAUGUGCAUUUAAGUGCAUUUGAACCUGAGUUCGGUGGGGAUUGGCUGAGUACAGCCCUCCUUUCUCAACCUGUUUGAGCAGAACUUGGAAGUAGGCCUAAUUAUUUUGGUACUGCAUAUGGCCCAGAUGCAAAUUUAGGUCCUUGGGAUUCUAUGACAUAGCCUUACUAAGGUAUGUUUCACACAGCUAACCUGCAGACGUUUUGCAUUUCAGUUGAAGAGAAUACAUGAAAUAAUAUAAAGAAGACAGAAACAAGGUUUCUGAAGGUCAAACUCUGUUUUGAGAAGUGAAUAAAGUGUAGAUUUAUUUUCGGAGGGUUAAUGAUCAUUUGAGAUUAUUAAAUGUGCCAACAAGGAAAUAAUCCUAAAAACGAAUGUUUACAUGUACAUAGCGCAAAUAUGAAGCAUAUUUUUACAUUGGUUCUUAAACAUUUUUUUGCCUGUUUAUUUGGUGAUUGUAUUUGUUGCUGCUUUAAAUAUAAGUAACCAACACAAUAAGAUAAGGAACAAUAUAAAGCUAAAGAGCUUUUUUUUUUAAAUGUUAUUCUUGUGCCGUGAAACAAAAACUUUGAAGUUCAAUUAACUGGGAUUCUAAUUCAUGUUUGACUUUGGUGGACCUCAGAAUGGAUGUCAAACAUCCUGUCACUUAUUCAGUCAAUAUUCCAUCAAUAUUCCCGUCAAUAGUUCCUGAAAAUGUACUGACCUGAUCGAAAACUUGACAGGGUGUCUUCAGUAUUUGUACUUUCUUCAAUGCCCUUGUUGUGUGGUACAUUAUUAUUGCUUUGAAUGUGGAGCUCAAUGCUGCUAUAUUUGCACACCUUUGUGAACAAACAGUGUAUGAAAUGUUCAUAUUCUUACGUAUAGUGUUAGACAGAACAGUAUAUAUUAAAGAUUUUAUUUGACUUUCUAAUGCAUGGGGAAUUGGUCCCCUCUAUUGUGAUUGGUCAUCUGUGGUGAAUAACAACUCGUUUAGGUGUGAUUCAGUUACCCUUACCCACCACCACACCGAUCAUACUAAUGCUGAAUGUUAGCUUCAACCACCACACUGAGAAAUGGGAAUGCACUCUCUGUAAAUACAUGUUUGAAGAACUUUACCAUACUCAAGACAAAUAAAACUUAAAUGUGCAAUCUA